AUGACUGUCGUUCAUAUCGUGUUGUUCAAGUUCAAGGAAGAGGUCGAUGAGUCUCAUAGGCAAACCUUUGCCAAGGAGCUCAAGACUCUCAAAGAUUUGCCUUGUGUAAAAGACCAACGCCUCAUAGUCGGAGGCCCGUCCAUUACCGACCCCAUUGCCCGGAGCAAGGGAUUUCAAGUUGCUCUCUUGAGCUUUCACCCCGAUGCGGCUGCGUUGGUCGAAUACCAGGCCAGUAGCGAGCACCACCGGGUGACGAGCCAAUACCUGUGGCCGUUUGCAGAAGAUGUUACACGGUACGACUUUGAGGUGAAUCAGGAGGACGAGUGCAUGUUGAAUUUUAUGCCCAUGAGCAACAAGUUGUAA